AUGUCAGAAUCUUCAAAUCAACAAAAUUGUUUGUCACUUCUCUCGCAAACUAACACGGAAAACAAAUCUCCAAAGAGUUCAACACCUGACCUUUCAGAUAACGAGACAAUAUCAAAUGAAGAAGAUGAUCUAAAAGAUUAUUCUUGGUACGAUUCAACAUUCAUUGAAAAAUACUUGGACAUUCUCAUAAAAUAUAGAAAUGUUUAUUACGUCAGUACUUCAUUCUUACACAAAUAUGUUGCUACUGGCGUCACUGGAAUUCGCAGAUGGAUCAAGCAAGAUAUAUUCAAAAAACGAUAUCUGUUUUUCCCUACUCACGUAAAUCAUAAUCAUUGGAUUUUGAUUGCAGUUAAUCUACGAAAAAAGCAAAUCUAUCAUUACAAUAGCUAUGGCUAUUAUUAUGAAAGGCCAGUCAACGCCAUUGUCGACUUUUUAAAAGAUUGGCAUAUUGAAAAAGGCAAAGAUCCUUCAGUUUAUGAAAUCGUGAAUUGUCCAACACCGGCUCAAAAAACUAGCUAUGAUAGUGGUCCAUGGAUUUUGCAAAUUGCAAAAUGUUUAACAUUUGGUAAACCAAUUGAUUUCUCUCAAAGCGAUAUGCAGAUCUUUCGUCAAAUUCACAAAAUGGAAAUGGAUUUCAAAAUAAUAAGAUCGUAUUCUUCCAAAAAUUUAUUAAACAUUAAAAAAACACUUACGUACAUUCAAAAAUUUGGAUUAAAGCAGAAUCCGGCAAAAGAAUCUACAAAAAAGUAAGAUUAAUUGAUUUUAAAAAUAAGAGUUGAUACUGAGGACAGGUGUGUCAUUAUAGGUAAAAUUUUAAGGAGGUAGGAUACAUAAAUUUAAUUUAUACCUGUUAGUAACAAUAAAACAUUGCUAUUAAAAAACAAUUCUUAGCUAAGUUAGAUUUUACUAGGGUUGCCAUACGUCCUGGAAAACUAUAUCAUAUCUAAUAUGAUUCAAUCAUAUUUUUAAUCUAAUUUUAUUUGCUGUUUUUUCUUUUUGUACCGGAUUUGCUUUAUGAAAAUAAGGCAACCCUAAUUGUACACAUUCAAAUUUUAUCUCAAAACUAUUAUAAAAAAAACUACUACUUUACACUUGACUUUUUUUGUUAUGAGUCAUAACUAAUGACUAUUAGGUACAUUUAAUGAACUGUUGAGAACCCUUGGUUUAAAACAUAGUUUGUAUUUAGCUAAGUAAGCAAUAUAUUAUUUUUGGUAACGUCUUCCGUCGCCGAGCGCAUGAAAUGCGAACAACGACGGCAGUCGAGUUAAAACAACGAUUCCAUAUAGUUAUACGUAGAACCUAUUAAAUGUCUUUUUAAAUAAAUUUAAAUAAUAGUAAACAAUAAAUUAUUAUUUCAAAACGGAUGAGUUCAGUGUUUGAUUAAUCCUAAAAGUCGAACUCAAAUAAACUAGUAUCCGCCGUCAUUUAUGGAAGAAACCAAAAUUGACGGUGAACCCGGCAUCAACCGGAUAUAGGAUACAACAGAACCUCAUAUAAAUUUUUCCUACUUUCCUAACUUCCAAUCUACAAAUAUUGACACACCUAUUAGUAGUAUCAGCUCUAUUAAUGUAUUAAUUAGUAUACGUUUUCUUAUUACUUAUAUUAGCUUUAAUGAAAAUUGUAUUUAUGUAAAUUGUUAUUCUAUUCUUAAAUCCAUUAUUCUUAUUUAUUGUUCCUAUAUACGUUAUCUAAUUAAUAUUGUACUAAUAUAUAUAUGUAUAUAUAUAUAUAUAUGUAUAUAUAUAUAUAUGUGUGUAUAUAUGUGCGUACGUGCGAGUGUAUGUUUAACUAAAUAUAUUCAUACAGCUCAUUUGUUUUUAGAAUUGAUAAACGCUCCCCCAAUAAAAAGGAGAUGAAAAAUAAAAAAACUAAAAUUACGAAAAAACCCGACACGGACACCGAGAGAAGUAGUCAUAUAAAUACCAACGUUAAUGAUGAUACAACAUCAAUAUAA